GUCGGCGCAGGGAGCUGGAGGGACGCUCGGAUCUCCGCCGGGAGGCUCUUAGGGGCCGGGGCUCCGAGGAUUAAUAUAACAUAUCACAUCUUGCUUUUUCUCUGCCCCUCCUCAAAUCAACAGUAGAAAAAGAAGCAUGUCAGGACACAAAUGCAGUUAUUCCUGGGAACUGCAGGACCGGUUGUCUCAAGAUAAGUCAGUUGUCAAUAAGAUGCAACAGAAAUAUUGGGAAACAAAGCAGGCCUUUAUCAAGGCAACAGGGAAGAAGGAAGAUGAGCAUGUUGUUGCCUCUGAUGCAGACCUGGAUGCCAAGCUGGAGUUAUUCCACUCAGUUCAGAGAACCUGUUUGGACUUGUCUAAAGCAAUUGUACUCUACCAAAAGAGAAUAUGUUUCUUGUCUCAAGAAGAGAACGAACUGGGAAAAUUUCUCCGAUCCCAAGGCUUCCAAGAUAAAACCAGAGCAGGAAAAAUGAUGCAAGCCACAGGCAAGGCCCUCUGCUUUUCCUCGCAGCAAAGGUUGGCUCUGCGGAACCCUUUGUGUCGAUUCCACCAGGAAGUGGAGACUUUUAGACAUCGGGCCAUCUCUGAUACCUGGCUGACCGUGAACCGCAUGGAGCAGUGCCGGAUUGAAUAUAGAGGGGCCUUGUUGUGGAUGAAGGAUGUGUCUCAGGAACUUGACCCAGACCUCUACAAGCAAAUGGAGAAGUUCAGGAAGGUUCAGACACAAGUACGCCUUGCAAAAAAAAACUUUGACAAAUUGAAGAUGGAUGUGUGUCAGAAGGUGGAUCUGCUUGGAGCAAGCAGAUGCAAUCUCUUAUCGCACAUGCUAGCAACAUACCAGACUACUCUGCUCCACUUUUGGGAGAAAACUUCUCACACCAUGGCAGCCAUUCAUGAAAGCUUCAAAGGUUAUCAACCAUAUGAAUUCACAACAUUAAAGAGCUUACAGGAUCCUAUGAAAAAGCUAGUUGAGAAAGAAGGGAAGAAGAGCACCCCACGAAGGGAAAGCCUGGAGGCUGAGACACAGGAGCCUAAGCAAUUAAUUUCUUUGGAGGAUGAGAACCAGCACAAAGAAUCUUCUCCUUGUAAGGCUGAAGAAGAGAAAAGUACUCUGUCUUCUAUAGACAAAAGCCCUGCGCAUGAUGCAUGCUCAGGACCAAUAGGUGAACUAUUAGACAUGAAACCGGAAGAAGCUUGCCUGGGUCCUGUGGCUGGGACCCCAGAACCGGAAGGUGGGGAUAAGGAUGACCUCCUGCUGUUGAAUGAGAUCUUCAGUGCUUCCAGCCUGGAUGAAGGAGAGUUCAGCAGAGAGUGGGCUGCCGUGUUUGGAGAUGACCGGCUGAAGGAGUCAGCCCCCGUGGGGGCCCAGGGAGAGCCAGACCCCAAGCCCCAGAUCAGUUCUGGAUUCCUUCCUUCGCAGCUUUUAGACCAAAACAUGAAAGAUCUCCAAGCCUCUCUCCAAGGCUGGUCAGAGAGCAGAGACAGUCCCCAUGCAUGGUCAUGGCCAGCACCAAAGACAAGCAAUUCAAAUGACAACAGCUCUGCACUGAAAGAGCCUGCCAAGGCUUCCUCGGACCUGACUGCCUGGUUCAGCCUCUUUGCUGACCUCGACCCCUUAUCAAAUCCUGAUGCUGUUGGGAAAACUGAUAAAGAACAUGAAUUGCUCAAUGCAUGAGUAUGCAGCCUUCAUUUGGGAGCCCUCGGGCCGCUCCACAGAAUCUCCUCCAGGGCUUGCAGAA